UAUUCAGAUAGUCCGCGCAUCUGGUUGCAAAUGUUUCGUUUAUAGCUUCACGUUCACAAUAACAGAAGUGUCAGCUGAUAGGUUUUGGGUUGUUUAUCAAAUUGCAAGAUAAACGUAUUGUUCUGUAAAGACGCUGAUAUAACAGUCAUACAUUUAAGUUGUACAGAGAUAUAAUUCUUUCGUCUCCCUAAGUUCCCAGAAUAGUGUUUUUUUUUUUUACUGAGUGUUUCGUAAGUUAAAGGAGAAGAAACAUCAUCUUGACAUUUUAAAACCAAUGUUUCAGUUUUGAUCAGCAGUUACUUUAUAAUACUGGAGAAGGAAUUCGGACAGCUGCAGUAAGAUUUUAACGUGUGGCUGAAUUAUAGUAUUUUAUAUCGUUUGUGUCGCGCAAGGAAAAAGGGAUGGCUACUGGCAGUUCUGCCAAUGAGCUUUACAGUUCCACUGUAUCAAGAUUAAGUAACAUCAGAAUGGAGGAAAAUGCUCAGAAUCAAAAUCCUGGACAGCUUUUAUCAAUUGAUACGGUGCCUCAGAACAUGUUGCCUUCUAAUGCUCCCAAUAAUCAUCAGAGCAAUCUGCACUCUUCGGGACUGGAAAGGGAAGGAGUGUCAGGAAAUGGCAGUCAUUCCCACGCCAGUAGGCGGCAGGGUAGUAACAGUUCUGUUGGAUCCAACUCAGCUUCUUCCAGUCAGUCUUCGAGUUCAACACAAAGCCAUCACUCAAACAGUCAUCCAGUAUACAAUUGGCAGGCAACCAAAACGACUGUCAAGGAACGCUUUGCUUUCAUGUUUAACAAUGAGAUACUGUGUGAUGUUCACUUUAUAGUAGGCCGUGACAUUCAGCAGCAACGUAUUCCAGCACACAAGUUUGUGCUGUCAGUUGGUAGUGCUGUAUUUGAUGCCAUGUUUAAUGGAACAUUAGCUACCAGAGCUGAUGAGAUAGAACUUCCAGAUGUCGAGCCCGCAGCAUUUCUUGCUCUGCUCAGGUUUCUGUACUCAGAUGAAGUUCAAAUUGGACCAGAAACCGUGAUGACCACUUUGUAUACAGCAAAGAAAUAUGCAGUACCAGCACUUGAGAAGCACUGUGUUGAUUUUCUCAAGAGUAACUUGGGUAGUGAUAAUGCAUUCAUGUUGCUUACCCAGGCAAGGUUAUUUGACGAGCCACAGCUUGCUGCUCUGUGCCUUGAAAUGAUUGAUAAAAAUACGACAGAGGCUCUUGGGGCAGAUGGGUUCACAGAUAUUGAUCUGGACACAUUGAAUGCUGUUUUGGAGAGAGAUACUCUGAGGAUACGCGAGGCCAAACUUUUCCAGGCAGUAGUCAGGUGGUCAGAAGCAGAAUGCAGUAGGCAACAGUUGCCAGCAACUCCUGAGAACAAGCGUUCAGUUCUGGGAAGGGCAUUGUCACUGGUGCGGUUCCCACUUAUGUCAGUGGAAGAGUUUGCAGUAGGUGCAGCACAGUCAGGUCUUCUGAGUGACAGAGAGGUUGUCUCACUCUUCCUGUAUUUCACAGUAAAUCCUAAACCAGCCGUUGGUUUCCUUGAGGUUCCUCGCUGUUGUAUGACAGGAAAGGAGCAGACUGUGAACAGAUUCCAGCAGAUCGAAAGUCGAUGGGGAUACAGCGGCACCAGUGAUCGAAUUCGAUUCAUUGUGGAUCGCCGCAUUUUUGUAGUAGGCUUCGGUCUGUAUGGCUCAAUACAUGGCCCAACAGAGUAUGAUGUGACCUUACAAGUAAUCCACACUGCUUCUGGGAUGGUCUGUGGUUCGAACAACACAAGUUUCAGUUGUGAUGGCUCAAACUAUACCUUCCGGGUGAUGUUUAAGGAACCUGUAGAAAUCCAUCCCAAUACAAGUUACACAGCAUCUGCUACACUCAAGGGACCUGAUUCACAUUAUGGAACUAAAGGUCUCCGAAAAGUGACAUUAGAUUGUCCGAGUGGUGGAAAGGUUACCUUUCAGUUUUCUUAUGCCGCUGGAAAUAACAAUGGAACUUCAGUAGAGGAUGGUCAGAUUCCGGAAAUAAUAUUCUAUACAUAAAGAGGAACAAUAAUAUGCAAGACUGCUUCAAAAUGGAGCAAGGAAUAGCAUUUUAUUUCUAUUUAUAAUGUUGCAUUUCCUUAAAGAAAUGAAAAAUUGAUAUACACAUAUACUCGUAUUAUAAAUCAUAUGAGAUUUGUCCUCAGAGCUAUGAAAAUAGUAUAAUGGACAUUAAAAAUGCUAGAGAACUAUUCGUUUUGUAUUUCUGUUAAGAAAAGUCAUAAAAUGGCAUUGGUGUGUACUGAAAUACUGUGUAUGGAAGUGUUGUUUACUAAAAUUACCAUCCAGUCAACAAAAAAGGAGCAUCAAGCAAGAAGUGGUGAGAUAUUCACAUUUUGUACAUACAAAAAAAUUUGAUUUGAAAUGUAAAUGGCAGUUGUGUGUGGAAGUUAUAUGGUUAUAAUACACUACUCAAUUUCCAAAUAAACACCCUUGCUUUGA